AUGACACGUGUCGCAGCAGGCUCGUCGUUCAAUCCGUCCGACUGCGCCGUUGAGGAGGGCGACGGCGAGGAUACGCCAGGUUGCGGUGACGACGAGGGGGAGGGAAGAGCUGGCGGCGAAGCGGUGGGAGAGGGGAUUCGCGCGGGGAUGGGCGCGGGGGGGUUGGCGGAGGAAAGGAGAGCUGGCGGAGAAGGUUGUUGGCGGAACAAUGUCGCGAGGGACAGCGGCAGCAGCCACCAUGAGAGUGCAGCGGAUGUUAAGAGGGGAUUGCACGGUUUACUGCCGCAGUGCGGGGCGACGCGCAGGCAGGCGGACAGCACGGGUUGCGAGGGGAGCAGCGGUGCGGAGGGCGCGGAAGGCGCAGUGGGGGGGAAGGCGACCGCGGAGGGGGCUCCCCUGAAGCGCAGCUUGACGGCGGAUGCCACAGGGACGACCAUGGCGCGGGGCGCGCCCAAGGGCAUGGGGGGGCCGAGCAUGAGGGCGGCGAGCGUGGCGGAGACGAGCUUGCGGCGAUCGCUCAGCGACGUGCUGCUGCAGGACGCGGAGAUGGACGAGAUGGACAGUGAGGUACUGCAAGAGGCGUUCACGCGUGUGGUGGCGCUGCAGCAGCGAGUGCAGCAUUACCGUGAUUUGGGGGGGUUCGCGCUGCUCAUGGCGCUCUUCACCACCAUCCUCUACCUGCAGGCCGACUCCUCCCGCAGCUAUGAAAUCACCGCCGCCCACUCUGUGCUCUUCCCCCCUGGCAUGAGUCAGGACUCCUCCAACACCUUUGCGGGCCCCGCUGACUUCUAUGACUGGCUCAACAGCACCAUCGUGCAGACCCUCUGGGCGGACCUUCCGUGUGGUGACGGCACGUGCGACCGUCCUUUCCAGUUCCCCGCCUUCGGCCGCUUCGGCUGCCAUGCGGAUUGCGGCACCUUCCCCAACCUCACCGCUGUCAUCAUCAACUUCUCCUCCCAGCUCGAUACCCAGGGGGCUGCAGAGGAACCUUCCUGGAACCUCUGCAUGGUCAACCCCGUGUCCCUCUGCUGGUAUGAGGCCUUCCAGCCAGUGGCAGGCGGGGAGGUGGCAGUGGAGAUGGAGAUACCAGACGGUGACUGGGAGGUGCUGCUCAACGCGCCCUCGGGGGGCAUCAGGGGCGCCGUGCACGCGCCCCCUCCCGGCACGCGCCGCCUCUCCGUGAUUGGCGCCGCCAGCACCGUGGAGCUGGUGGCAUGGGGGGACUGCGCCAGUGGCGAUGCUGUCGAUGCGAAUGCGGCCAAUCAGAAGGGGGCCAGUGGUGGUUCUUCCGCUGCUGCUGAUGUCUGCCGCAAUCAGCGUGCGGGCGGGCAUUCACAGAGGGAGGUGGCAGGGGCGUUUGUGGACUGUGUGCGCAUGUGCGUGGUGGCGCCCUCCACCAUCACGCGCUAUGCAGGCACCCCCUGUUCCACGCCGGACAUUGCUACAGUAUUCUCCAACACCCCGUGCAACACAUCAGGCGCCACUCCAUCAACUCCCAAAGCUCCCACCAACCGCCGCAAGGCACUGUAUCACCUCCACCACUCGCACAGCCACGGCCACUGGGCCACCUUGGGUGCUGCUGGCCUCUCGGAUGCCGCCUCCCUUCCCGCUGCAGCAGCAGUGCGCGCUCCUUCUGCCUCUGCUGCUGGUGCCUCUGCUUCUGCCACAGCACUGGCAGCAACGCACAUGCAGGGAGCACAGAAAAUUGAAGUGACACCAGCGCCAGCACCACCACCACCACCACCACCACCAUCACCACUAGCGUCCCCAGCGUCAUCAUCACUGCCACCACAUGCAGCAGCGGCUGCAGCAGCAGAAGCCAUGGCAGCAGGCGGAUCAGAAAGCACAUCAGUCGCCACUGCUCCGUCCCUCUGGUCGCUCCUGGGCGCCACGGACCGACAGCGACUGACAGUGCUGCAGGUGGCAAUAUCACGAGCGCUCUUCACCAUGGCCAAGGACACGUGCCUGGCCGGCCGUGCACCAGGAGCACAGGCGACGCACGCACAGGGUGGGCCGGGCAGCAUGAGGCGGCGCAUUGUGGCGUGCUUGUGCACGAUGCUGGGAGGGCCUGUCACGGCGAUGGAGGAGUGCCGGCUGAUGGACGAGGCGAGGCAGCAGGUGGUGGCAGCGGCAGACCUGUACGCGUACCUGCAGCGCACGCAUAUCAGCGGCGGCAGCAGCGGUGGCGGCGGUGGCAGUGGCGGUGGUGGGAGCAUGAUGCAGCAGCGGGCCAUCUCGGCGCAGCACAUGCGGCGGUUCGUGCAGACGUUGGUGGCGGCGCUGCGGUCCGUGACGCCUAUGAGUGACGACUCAACCACGCGCCUGCACGUGCUGCUGCAUGCCUUUGACGAUGCCAUUGUCUCCUCCCAUGCUGUCGGCUGCUCACAAGGUGCUCUUGGGGGCCUGGUGGUAGCGGUGGUGAGUGCGUGUUGUGUUGCAUCUGCAUGUGCAGGUGGGGCGUGGCUGCAGUGGCGAGCAGGUGUGACGCACAACACGACCAUCCAUGUGGGGGACAAGGUCACAUGGGUGUGGGAUGAUGACCUCCCGCACUCGCUCAAAGUGGCAGGGAUGGGCGAGGCGGGCGACCCGUUCUUCCUGGGCUUUGGAGGGCACCGCCUGGCCGUGUCACGGCAGCUGGCGUGCACCCCCAUGAACGCUGGCGUGCAGGACGCCGGCAUCGAGCCCCUGCCCCCCACCUGCUUCUCCAUCGUCACACCCAUUCUUCCCCCCACCCUCCUCUCGCCCCCUCUCCUUCCCCACCUUUACCCACCAGGGAUGGACGGCGAGCCAGCGGACUGGUUUGCGUACAGCAAGCGGCUAGCCAAUGGGGUGUGCGACGCGCCGUGCAACACGCCUGCAUGCGCCUUUGACGGCGGCGACUGCGCGUGUGUGGACCCGCUCUUCGGCCCCGGGAUCUGCACCUGCCCCCCGGGCCACACUCGCCGCGACGACGGCUGUCAGUCAUCCCCCCCCCUCCCACCCAACACGUCCGUCUUACGUUUCCCCGCCCCCGCUCCGUGCUUUCCUCUCCGUCCGCUCGAUUCCUCAUCUCCCUCGCCGCUCCUCAACCCGUGCACACACUCCCCCCCCUCCCCCCUCAUGUCCUGUCCACUUCUGUCCUCGCCAGCGUGCUGUGCGUCCACAGCAGUGGGUCGCGACCUCACCUUCCCCUUCUCGCUGCAGCGCUACGGCCCUAACUACACAGACAGCAACCACGCAUUUGCUGCUGAAAGGGAAAUCGCAGUCAACCGCUUUGUCUCACGCCACAACCGCCUGCUGAUCGGCAUGGUGCUGCAGCAGGAACGGUGGGGCACGCAGGUGUGCAGCGGACAGGGUGUGCUGCACCUGGCGGGGUGGUGCAGCAACGGCACGUCCAGGGAGCCCUAUGGGGUGAACCCGCACUUCCUGCCCACCUCCUCCCUGUACGACGGCGCUGCGGCAGCCAACAUGAGUCAGCUGGACAACCAUACCUUUGGCGUCAAGCUGCAGUUCAACCCUCAGGGCCUCCCAUACGGUUUCAUCCGCCCCACUGACUCCAUCGCGGCCUACCCACUGGUGUUUGACAUCAAUCUUGACAACGACGCAGCCACCAGGCGCCUCCAAUACCUCGUGGAUGGCAACUACAUUGACAACGCCACGCGCAGCGUCCAAGUCAGCUCCGUAACCUUCAACGGCGAGGCACGGACGUUUGUGCUGACGACAGUGCGGUGCACAGUGGACACGGGGGGCAGCAUGGCUGUAACCCUAUGA